AUGCUUUCGCUGGCCAAGGGAGAUGCUGGGCCGGACGUAGCUAGGGAAUUCCCGAAUCGUCCGGGGCAAGCACCAGCAAAGGUUCAAGCGCCCGCGUCCACCCCACAUGUGCAGCCCGCCGCUGCUCAUCCCGUCGGAACAUGCCAGGAGUUACUAGCACGUCUUCAGGGCUGGUUGCGAAACAAGCCCAGAUGCCGUCUGCGGCGACGAGUGACGAGUGACGAGGUCCCCAAAAGUGUAAAAGGGCACAGGACGGACUGUACAUCACUCCGCACCGAGUCUCUGAAUACGUCUACUGCACUCGCCAGUAGUGGCCCCUCUCCACCGUCUCCCUUGCUCCAGUGGCCAGCCCAACCGUCCCAGCGAUCCAGCGCUGCGGCGCUGCCCUUCCGGAUCGUCGCUGGAGGCAAAAAGCAAAAAGAAGACGCACAAAUCGAACAAGAUGAAACGCCAGAGGAGGUGCAUCGACUUCCUCAUUGGGCUGGUGGCUGUUGCGGCCCCUCAUGGACCGACCCUUCACCCAGAAAAGACUAA